CCGAGAUCAGACAGUAAAAUAAAAAGCAAACUUACAUAUAAACAACCACAUUGUGGGCAGUACAUGUAAAAGGCGAAGGAUAUUGAAUAGGUGGUAAAUAUAUGUACACAGGGGGUAUAUUCACCCAAGGGGAUUUAGAGCAGCGGUUAACCAUUUAGUACACACCAGAAUAUUCCUGGAACCUGACAUUUUCUCCUGAUCCGUGUACUGAUUUAGGGACCUCGCCGGAGCUCUGGAUUGAGACUGAUCAGGAGCAGAUUAACAUCAGGACCCUGUCACAUUAUUUGAUUGCACGCCCACAGCUUGGACUUCAAGCGAAACCUCUGUUACCCUGUGCUGUAAACAUCUUUUGGAGAGCUCUUCAUCUGCUUGGCUUGUGUAUCGCCUGAUCUGACCAAUCACAAGGAAAGUUUGAGAAAUGCCGUACAGUAACGAAAAAUCUUCUGGGAGCGAUGGGCAGCUGAGUGAUUCGGAUUCAUCACGCCUGUCGGAGAGCAUGGCCUGCUCAAUGAGUGACAGCGAGUCUCCAAGGGAUAGCUUUACCAGUGACUCUUCAAGCAAGCAUGCUUCUCCAGUCUCAAGUCCUCCAAAAGCAGUUACCUUUGAUGAAAUUAUGUCAACCGCAAGAAACAUGUCAAAUAUGGUGCUGGCCCAUGAAAUUGUCACCAAUCAAAAUUUUCAUUUGGAGCAUGUUGACCUGCCUAAAAACAGUUUAGAAGGAAAGGUAAAGCAAAUUGUACACAAGGCAUUUUGGGAUUGUUUGGAGGCAGAACUGAAGGAAGAUCCCCCCCAGUAUGAACACGCCAUCAAACUUUUUGAUGAAAUCAAGGAGAUUUUGCUUUCUUUUUUGACCCCUGGUACGAAUAGGCUGCGGACCCAGAUCUGUGAAGUUUUGGAUGUAGACCUCAUAAGGCAACAAGCCGAGCACAAUGCAGUUGAUAUUCCAAAGAUGGGAGGUUAUAUCAUUAAUAUAAUGUCCAAGUUAUGUGCACCAAUCAGGGAUGAAGAUGUCAAAAAGCUAAAAGCAAGUGGAGACAUUGUGCAAAUGUUGAGGGAUGUAUUCCGUGUUUUGGACCUUAUGAAAAUGGAUAUGGUUAAUUAUACUAUACAGAACAUUAGACCACAACUUCAGAGACAGUUAGCUGACUAUGAAAGGAUAAAGUUCCAGGAAAUCAUUGAAAAAACUCCAGAUGCCCUCAUUCAGACAACCGAGUGGAUAAAGGAAUCUAUUAAAGAUGCCAUUGAAGCAAAGUCCCAUGGAAAUGCCGGUGGUGCUAAUGGCGUAUCGACGGACAAUCUUAGCCCGACACUGGUGCUAAAUAGUGGUUAUCUGAAACUCCUGCAGAUGGAUUAUCACAGUGCUAUACCAGAGACACUUAUUACAGACGAUGUGCGAGUUCAGGAGAUAAAGUUCAAGUUACUACAGGUGAAAAUCAUAGCCUGUGUGUGCCUCAUCACGCAGAAUGCAAUGGGCUCUUACUGCACAAACGAAUUCACUGAAAAAGUAAAAGAAAUCACAUCGAUUCUCAUCCAGGGCAUAAACAGCACGACAUUUAACCUCAAAGAGGCUCUCAGUGCCUUGAGUGUUAAGAUCUGCACUGAAAUGAACAACUCAUUGACCGAAAGAGGCUUAACCCCGCUGAGUACAGAAGCACAGUCUGUCUUACUCGGGCAGAUCGACAGCAUCAUUGAGAAAGAUCACCCCAUAUACAGCUUGAUUGAAAAGCGGACAUACGAGUAUUUAAGCACAUUCCUGUGUGUUCCUUACCCAUACAAACGGGUUCCAAUGACACCCGGAGGCCUCACGUCCGUCCGCGUGGAACUGGAGCUUAUCGCCUGUCAUUACGCCAAUAUUGUACAUUUCAACAAGCAAGUGUACGGACCGUUCUAUGCAAACAUCUUCCGGAAACUACUUUUCAGUGAGGCUACCGAACAAAAGGCGGAAACCGUGGCACAAUGAAGAUUCUUUAAAGGAAAAAUAUUUAGUAAACCCAGCACAUUUGUUUUGGAACAGAGUGCUGAGUAUUUGAAAAUCAGAAGGAAAAUUCAUAUUUUUUAAAGGACUCUAUUAAGCUGAAAGGAAGCGUAUUUCUUUACGAUGUCAUUUGACUAUUAUAUCAGCUAAAAAGUGACGUUUCAGGGUAAUGUCAUUUCUGGUUCUUUGUUUUCACAGAACUCCCAUGACCCUCAGCCUCUUGUCUGUGUUGUGUAAGUUUCAUUGUUGAUAACUGCUAACAGCAAUGCGAGCCAGCUCUUCCUUUGUGAGAUAUUGUGGUGCUUACUUCGUAGAGGAAAAA